GCUUGGGAGCCGCGCUGACAGCGGGCGACGGGCAGCGCCCCGGGUCUGAGGCGCCGCGGCUCGCAGCGAGAGCGACGGGCGCUGCCCAUGGGCCGGGCCCGGGGUCCUAGCGCGCCGGGAGCCGGCAGGCAUGCCCCGGACACUGAGCGCCUCCGACAUGGUCACCCCAGGCAGCCUUGGCCCACCCCCCACGGAGCCCACGGAUGGCGAGCAGGCCGGACAGCCCCUCCUGGAUGGAGCUCCCUCCUCAGCUUCCCUGGACACCCUCAUCCAGCACCUGGUGCCCACGACUGACUACUACCCCGAGAAAGCCUACAUCUUCACCUUCCUUCUGAGCUCCCGCCUCUUCAUCGAGCCCCGGGAGCUCCUGGCCCGGGUCUGCCACCUGUGCAUUGAGCAGCAGCAGCUGGACCAGCCGGUGCUGGACAAGGCCCGGGUCCGGAAGUUUGGCCCAAAACUCCUCCAGUUGUUGGCCGAAUGGACGGAGACAUUCCCGCGGGACUUCCAGGAGGAGUCGACCAUCGGGCACCUGAAGGACGUGAUGGGCCGCAUCGCCCCCUGUGACGAGGCGUACCGGAAGACGAUGCAUCAACUCCUUCAAGCUCUGCACCAGAAGCUGGCAGCUCAGGGCCAGGGCCCGGAAGGCCUGCUGGGGGCCGACAAGCCCAUCUCCUACAGGACCAAGCCACCGGCAUCCAUCCACAGGGAGCUCCUCGGCGUCUGCAGUGACCCCUACACUCUGGCCCAGCAGCUGACCCACGUGGAGCUGGAACGCCUACGACACAUCGGGCCUGAGGAGUUUGUCCAGGCUUUUGUGAACAAGGAUCCUUUGGCCAGCACAAAGCCUUGUUUCAGUGACAAGACCAACAAUCUGGAGGCUUAUGUGAAAUGGUUCAACAGAUUGUGCUACCUCGUGGCGACUGAGAUCUGCAUGCCGGCCAAGAAGAAGCAGAGGGCCCAGGUGGUGGAGUUCUUCAUUGACGUGGCCCGUGAGUGCUUCAACAUUGGCAACUUCAACUCUCUGAUGGCCAUUAUCUCCGGCAUGAACAUGAGCCCUGUCUCCAGGCUGAAGAAGACCUGGGCCAAAGUGAAGACAGCCAAGUUUUUCAUCCUUGAGCACCAGAUGGACCCGACAGGGAAUUUCUGCAACUACAGGACAGCCCUGCGGGGGGCAGCCCACCGCUCCCUGACUGCCCACAGCAGCCGGGAGAAGAUCGUCAUUCCCUUCUUCAGCCUGCUCAUCAAAGACAUCUACUUCCUGAACGAGGGCUGUGCCAACCGCCUCCCCAAUGGACAUGUCAACUUUGAGAAAUUUCUGGAGCUGGCCAAGCAGGUUGGAGAGUUCAUCACGUGGAAACAAGUGGAAUGUCCCUUUGAGCAAGACCCCAGCAUCACCCACUACCUGCACACCGCCCCUAUCUUCAGCGAGGAUGGUCUUUAUUUGGCUUCUUAUGAAAGUGAGAGCCCAGAGAACCAAACAGAAAAAGAGAGGUGGAAAUCUCUAAGAUCUUCUAUUUUGGGGAAGACGUGAGAAGCGCUGAGCAGG